GAAGAGGAAGGGAGGAAAGGGACGAGUCCAUGGGGACGAAAAGUUUCCUUCCCUGUUCUGUCCUGGAGGACUUCAGCGAGUUGAACUCAGUGCAAGGGUCUUGGGGUAACGCCCUGGCAGUGAUUUCUCGCGCGCAUCCUAUGGGAAAGAGCCUUAGUUCGGGGGUCUGGGGACCAGGAUUUAAACUCUGCUUCCGAUGAUUAUUACCUGUGUGACCUUGUGCCUCUCUAAAAUAAAGGGGUCAGAUUAGAUGGUCCCUGAGAUCCCUGCUAGCUCUGCUUCUGUGAACCUAGGGUCCUUAGCGCGAUUGGGACGCACAGGUGGGCUUAACCUCCUUCCCUAGGAAUGUGAAGUCAAAGUCGGGAAGGGAGGCAGAGAGUGAGAUGAAGGGACUUGGGCUCUUGCCAGUGUGGGAUUUGUGGGGUUGGAGGAGGUAUUGGGAAAGCUGAUGCUGCAGUUGGGAGGAAGUCCGAGGCUCGCUGCCAGGGAGACCCGGGUUCCUCUCUUGCUGAGAACAAGACGCUGGUCUCCCCAGACAUCCAUAUCCUCAUUCUUCUCUGGAUCUAGGCUUUUCACCUCCAAGAGGGCUGGACACCUCCAUGAUCACAACCAAUGUAUCAGGAAAUGGCUCUGCUCUCUGGGAACCCCGAUCCCAACUUCACCCCCUACUCUUACAAUGGCUUCGAGAAGCUAUGCAAGGUGCAGGCUAAGAAGGGCUUAUUCUACAAGAAAGCCAGGCUCUUGCAUCCUGGAGAAGACUCCUGUUGCCCCACUUACUGUGAAGACUGGCCCAAGCACGUCAUCAUCAAUGUGGGUGGCAUCAAGUACAGACUCCCUUGGACUACCCUAGAGAACUGCCCUCUCACCCGGCUGGAGCGGCUGAAGUCCUGUCACAACCACGAUGAGAUCAUGAGUGUCUGUGAUGACUAUGACGUCAGCAGCAAUGAAUUCUUCUUCGACCGCAACCCUUGUGCCUUCAAAACCAUUAUGAAUUUCCUUACUGCAGGGAAACUGAGGCUCCUUCGAGAGAUGUGCGCCCUCUCCUUCCAGGAUGAGCUGGCCUACUGGGGGAUUGAGGAGGAAUGUCUUGAGUGGUGCUGCCUUAGGAGACUCCGGCAUAAAGAAGAAGAGGUGGCUGAGGCUCAGUUCUAUGAGACUGAGCUGAUAGUGAAUGAGUCUCCACCUUGUGCCUUCCAGGAGGGCAAUCGACUGGCUCAGUGCAUGAGACAGCUCAGGGACAUGGUUGAAAAUCCUCACUCUGGGAUUCCCGGGAAGAUGUUUGCCUGCAUCUCUGUCUCCUUUGUGGCCAUCACUGCAGUCAGCCUCUGCAUGAGCACUAUGCCAGAUAUUCGAGCCGAGGAGGAUCGGGGUGAAUGCUCCCCCAAAUGCCACAACCUCUUUGUGCUGGAGACCGUCUGCGUGGCCUGGUUCUCCUUUGAGUUCCUCCUCCGCUCGAUCCAGGCCGAGAGUAAGUGCGCCUUUCUCCGGACACCACUCAACAUCAUUGACAUCUUGGCCAUCCUGCCUUUCUACAUCUCCCUUAUUGUGGAUCUGGCUUCCGCCCGAAAUAGCAAGCCAGGCGGGGCUGGGAAUAAAUACCUGGAACGCGUGGGACUCGUGCUGCGUUUCCUUCGAGCUCUGCGCAUCCUGUACGUCAUGAGGCUGGCCCGCCACUCCCUGGGCCUCCAGACCCUGGGGCUGACUGUCCGCCGCUGCACCCGUGAAUUUGGGCUCCUUCUCCUCUUCCUCUGUGUGGCCAUGGCCCUCUUCUCCCCAUUGGUUUACCUGGCAGAAAGUGAACUAGGAGCUGGGAAGGAGUUCACCAGCAUCCCUACCAGCUACUGGUGGGCAGUCAUCUCCAUGACCACUGUGGGUUAUGGAGACAUGGUACCCCGGAGCAUCCCCGGGCAGGUGGUGGCUCUGAGCAGUAUCCUCAGUGGCAUCCUAUUGAUGGCCUUUCCAGUUACUUCCAUCUUCCAUACCUUCUCUCGUUCCUACACAGAGCUAAAAGAACAGCAGCAGCGGGCUUCGAAUCACGAGAUGCACCUCUUGGAAGAGAGCACCAGGUCCCACACAGAAGACAGUUCUUCUCAGGCAAUGGAUAGCUCCUUCCUACCUGGGGGACCUGCAGCUGCCGCUGCCCUGGAGCAACAAUGGGCACUGGCAAAUCAUGCCUCCAGGAGGAGCUGUUAA